AUGGGUAACUCCAUUGCAUAUUAUCGCUCCAUUGUAAAUCUACAUUCCAAUUUCGGCACUACCUGUGAUACUAACAGAGUGGAGUGUGUAACCUAUGCCGAAUUGCCUGACGUCGGAGGCAAAAAUGCGCCGGAGAUUAAUACUUCCAGGCGCUCAUGCAAACCUUCCACUAGUGAAUGCAAUCCACUGGUGAGAGAGGCAGGAUUCAAGCUUUCUAGAUUCUUGAUUGCCUUCUUGGCUUUCGUCCAGAUCGUCGCUGGUAAUGGCGUAGAGGCCGAAGUUGAUAUUGCUCCUGAAGAUCCGAAGCCCGUUUCUCUGAGGGUUGCACCUGGUUCAUGCCCCUUCAAUGGCGGCAGUGAGCCAUCAGGUGAAGUAGAAGGUGGAAAGGUUGAGGUACCUGAAUCAGUUGAAGAGUCUGUUGAACAAGUUGUUGAGGAAGUUAAAGAAGAAGUUAAAGACUCAGCUCAACCAAUUGUUAAGGAAGUCGGCGGAGUAACCACUUUCACCUUCCCUGACGGAACGGUAACGAUGCAUUCUAUGCCUCUCAAGAAAAUUUACGAGAUGUAUCGCCAGAAUGUCCCUACAGUGCCUCCACACGACACCGCGUCCUGUCCCUACUUGAAGCCAAACAAGGAUGUUCCAAUUACCAUUGGAGGUGUAAACAAGUCACGCACCCAUGCAGAGCGUCUUUUUGACAAGGAGGAUAGAGACGCUAAUAUGGAACUUGCCAAGGAGCGUUUCCAGAAAAUCGUUUACCGCAUUACCAAUGCUGACGUUAAUCACGAUCGUCUGAAACCCUAUGUAAAGAUGAUCCGCGGCCUUGGUAACAGAGAUGAGCUUGAAUUGCCCGAGGAUCUUGCUGAACGACUUGGCGGCACAACUUGCGUUAUCCUUCCCGACAACAUCGAGGAAAACCUAGCUUGGAGGAUUGCUAGGUACCUUGCUCAAGUUUUGGUCGAUGAGUCGUACGGUCAUCUCCCUAAAACUACCUUUGGUGAACUCGAACGACGUCGUCACAGGGAAAGAAUCGUCCUUUACAUUAUGCAGACGUUGAAGGCACCUUUCUGGAGAAGGUACUAUUAA